UAAAUAAGAUAGUACUACAUAUGGUAGUCAUUGAUUUGCUAUUAACCUCAAAGUAACAAAGCCUCCUUUGCUGCAACAUCUCAAAUGCACAUAGCACCUAUGGUCCAAAGCUUCUACCCUUCUUCAUACCCUUCUUCAUACUCUUCUCCCUCAAAACUAAUCAUCACACCCUUUUAAAAAAAUUCAACAGCUUUACUUCAUGCAGACAACGUUAACAACACCAAACCCGCAGGAACAUUCACAAAAGAAUACUACAUCAACAUCAUCUUAAGCAGCAGCAACAACAACCUCGGAAGCAAUUCCAAUCCCUCACAACCUCCAACAUCAACCAAAACACCAAACAACAAAAGCAUGAAAAUUCUAAUAAUAGCCUCCGCUGUGGCCGCAUCGUUGUUUCUAUUAUUAUCAUUCAUCAUCGGAUACUUAAUCUUCCGAUACGUAAGAAGAGGUUCCGCUGCGGAAGAUAGCAGCAACCCUGAACCUUCGAGCACGCGCUGCCGCAACUUUUCUUUGACGGAGAUAAGAGCCGCCACCAACAACUUCGACGAGGGUUUAAUCGUGGGCAAAGGAGGCUUCGGGGACGUGUACAAAGGCCACGUCCGCACGUGUCACAAACCCGUGGCCAUCAAGCGCCUCAAACCGGGUUCGGACCAGGGCGCGAACGAGUUCCAGACGGAGAUCAAGAUGCUCUCGCGCUUCCGCCACGCGCACUUGGUCUCACUCAUCGGGUACUGCAACGAUGGCGGAGAAAUGAUCCUCGUCUACGAUUUCAUGGCGCGUGGGACCCUACGCGACCACUUGUACGGUUCGGAGCUGUCGUGGGAGAGGAGGCUGAACAUAUGUCUUGAGGCGGCGCGUGGGCUUCACUUCCUCCACGCGGGCGUGGACAAGCAGAGCGUGAUACACCGCGACGUGAAGAGCACGAACAUCCUGCUGGACAAGGAUUGGGUGGCAAAAGUGUCGGAUUUUGGGUUGUCGAAGGUGGGGCCCAACGCGUCCCACGUGACGACGGACGUGAAGGGUAGUUUCGGGUAUUUGGACCCGGAGUACUACAUGAGUCUUUGGUUGACUCAGAAAUCCGACGUGUAUUCGUUCGGCGUCGUUUUGCUGGAGGUAUUGUGUGGGAGGUCCCCCAUCGAGACUAAGGUGGACAAGCACAAGCAGUUCUUGGUGACAUGGUUCAGGAAUUGCUAUCAUGAUGGGAAUGUUGAUCAGACGGUGGAUCCGGCUCUGAAGGGUACCAUAGACCCAAAGUGUUUGAAGAAGUUUCUGGAGAUUGCGUUGAGUUGUUUGAAUGAUCAGGGGAAGCAACGGCCCAUGAUGAGCGAUGUUGUGGAAGGGUUGGAGUAUGCAUUAAAUUUACAACAACGUUAUAAAAAAAAUAAAGGGGAAAUAGGGUUGACCAAAAUUGAGGAUCACCAUGGUGACUUUAACGACAAAUUUGGGAAAGUGUUAUCGAUGAACGCGUCUAGCAGCACCAGCAUGGCUACGACAACAUGCAGUGAAGAGGAACAAGCAUUGGUGCAUGGGAUGUUCCCUGAGCUUCGAAAUCAAAGACCACGUUAAUUACUUCUGUUCUCAUUAUGUCACAAUAAUUGAAAUGUCUACUGCUGCUAUAGAUGCUUGUGUCUAGGUCACGGAGAAAUAAAAAAGACUUCUGGGUUAAAUGUUUUUUUUUUUUUUUUACUUAUUACUACUAUUAUGUUGUAACUUAUAAGUGUGAAAUUUUUACUAACUUCACUCAUGAUUAAUAAGGUUAUUGUAUGUAUUUGAGACAAAGAGUCUAAGACUGUUGUUUAAUUUAUGGUAAAGUAUCUUAAAGUUGA